GAAUUCGUUAAUGAUCCUAAAAUGGAGGAUGUAGAAGAAAUUGUACUUUCUUAUACGUUCUUUGAAGCGAAAGAAGGGAUGAAAUUACCUAUGCCAAAUUUUAUGAAACAAUGAUAAAGAUUAUGAUAAAAGAUGUAUUGUCCUGGUACUGAAAGUAAUGAUGCAGGAAAGUCAUCUAUAUGUGCUGGUUGCCCAAAUAAAACAAUAUGUGCAUCUGGUAUUACCAGACAAUCGGAUUCUAAUAUAGAUCUAAUUAAAGAAAGACUUUCUACGGUUAAAAAUAAACUAUUGGUAUUAUCUGGUAAAGGUGGUGUUGGUAAAAGUACUAUAACAUCAUUGAUAUCCAGAUUUUUGGCAUUAAAUAAUCCUGAUAUAAAUGUUGCGAUAUUAGAUAUUGAUAUUUGUGGACCAUCGCAACCAAGAGUGUUAGGUGUAAUAGGAGAACAAGUUCAUCAAAGUGGAUCAGGAUGGUCUCCAGUGUAUAUAGAAGACAAUUUGUCGCUAAUGUCUAUUGGAUUUUUACUUGCGAAUCCAAGUGAUGCGGUGAUAUGGAGAGGGCCCAAAAAAAAUGGAAUGAUUAGACAAUUUUUAUCAGAAGUAGAUUGGGGGACGUUGGAUUAUCUUAUUUUAGAUACCCCUCCUGGUACAUCGGAUGAGCAUUUAUCUGCAACUUUAUAUCUUAAAAAUGUUGGGAUUACAGGAGCAAUAAUAGUAACAACUCCGCAACAGGUUGCUUUAUUAGAUGUAAGGAAAGAGAUUGAUUUUUGUAGAAAAGCGAAUAUACCGAUAUUAGGUGUUAUUGAAAAUAUGAAUAUUUUUGUAUGUCCUAAGUGUAAGAAUUCUGAGGAAAUAUUUCCAGCAUUAACGGGUGGUGGCUAUGCAAUGGCUAAAGAAUUGAAUAUAGAAUUUUUAGGUUCUCUACCAUUAGAUCCGCUUUUAGCUAGAUGUUGUGAUGAGGGUAAAAAUUUUCUAACGGAAUUUCCACAAUCGCCAACUAUUUUUACAUUACAGACAAUUGUUCAAAAAAUAAUCGAACAAUGUGAAAAAAUGAAAAGUGAUUGUGAAAUUGAUAUUACUUGAAGAAUAAUAAUAAUGCGAUCUUUAUAAUAGAAAAAAAUGUAUAUCAAGAUACUUUACAAAUUGGUCAAAACUUAAUCUAAUUAAUUAACGUCUGAAAUUGUAUGUGGUUUUCUUUUUAUAUAAAUCAGAUUCUUCUUCGGAAACUUGUUUAUAUUAAUACUUGUGCAAUACUAUACCAUUUUUUUAAGUCAUUUCAUUUUUUUAACGUUUUAAAAGAUUUAAUUUUUUCUUACGAUUUUUUGCAUAAUAUCUGAAUUGUUUUAUGAAGAUAUUCUUCAUAAAUUUUGACGAAUAAUGGAAAUAACGAUGAUCGGUUAAGUCGGUUAGCGAGACAAAAUUCUGAGACAAAAUUAAAAUAUAUAUAAUAUGUAAAAAAUUUAAAACAUUUUCUUUUUCUUUUUUCUUUUAUCUGACAUUUUUGAAAAUGGAAAUUUUAUGUAUUUAUUAAAUUUAAUAAACAUGUUUGAUUCUUUCAUCUUUCAUUAUUGUACAUUUUACAUGAAUAUAUGUGAUAAGAUACAUAUCCA